AUGGAUGCCUCCUCCUUGGAAAGCAUCGCACGCAGAUAUGGCAUGGCCAUUGACAGACACACUCUGCAGGCAGCCCUCGACGAUCCGGAGCACGGCACCGCUUUCACAGAGUGGGCGCGUCUUCACCUCGGCCCCGACAACCUCCUGUCCAAAGACGAGCUGUCGCUGUACUCGACUCUCGACAAAUACGGCCAGGUCGACAAGCUCGUGGCUUCUCAGGACCUCGCCGCCGUCCAGGCCCUCAGCGAGCAUGAGAUUCAGAAAGCCAUCGACGAGCUCAACCGCUCCACUGCUGCCAUAGUGAAGCAGACUGAGACCCUGAAGCAGCAGCAAGACGCGCUGGCCAAGCUUGUCAAGAGCAAUGCCAAGGUCCAGGAGGCCCGCUCCGAUCUCGUCUAUCAACGGACUCAGAAGCAUGAUUCUCAGCGAAGAAAGAUGAUGACUUCGGUUGAAGAGCUGUCCCAGACCCUAGAGUACAGGGCUUCUGAUCUCGAACAGCAGGGCAAGGUCUCGGGUAGCGGUCUGCAGCAAACGCUCGACAGCCUGCUCCACUCCGACGAUAAGCUUCUCCUCAGUCUGCGCAAGCUGGGGCUGGAGCUGGAGACAGAGGACCCGGAGGACCGCGAGAACGUUGAGAAGCUCCGGGAGAUCUGCAUGAGACUCAUAAAGUACACGGUUGAAACGAUGCGUACAAAGCUUGACCGCCUCUACCUCGAGACGCUCAGCUCCGUUCACCGCGGGGAGACCACUCCCAACCCCUCUGACGAUGUCAAGUCUCUGCAGGAUGAGCUGGAGUCCCUCUAUUCCGAAAUCCUUCCUGUCGCCCAGAUGUCCGUCGAGCAACAGUACCUGGAGCCUGCUCUGAAAUCACUGUCGAACAAGAACGGACAGUCGCUUGGCCGAUCGGCUGCAGCCGUUGUCUACAUCGACGAGUGCCUCGACUACCUGCUCGACCACAUCGAGCGCCUCUCUGCUCGUAUCGAAACUUUUCAAUCGCACCAGACUGCCACGACUAAUCUUGUCUCCACGGCUCGUUCUGAGUUGUCCGUCCCUGCGGCCACGCCCAAGAAGAAGACCCCCACCCAGGACCUGGCUUCACCCGUCCGCCGCCGCAACACCGGCCCCGGCUCCCCGAUACGCCAACGCUCCAAUACCGGCAACCGUCGUUUCUCCGCUGGCUUGGACGAGCCACCUAUUGAGGCGCUCCUUCGCUCCUUGGCUAUCGCUUUCCCCGAGGACGCGGAUGGCCCCACCCAGAUUGCUCUGCUGUCCGGGACCCUGGCCGAAAGACAGGCCAAGGCGCGCGAUGUGGCACGCAAUGCCCAGGAGUCGCUCGAGAGCACAGCUGCAGCACAGCUGGCGGACGCCAAGCUCGCUGUGCAGCUUUUGCGCGACAGUCUGCUGGCAGAAAGCCCCUUUGGAGAUGUCAGAUUGGUGGACGAAGGCAUUGAGGCGUCCAUUGCGGUGUUGGGACAAGAGGUGGAGAAGGUCAAGGGGCGCGUGGAGAGGGUCGAUGCAGGAAAGGCACGACAGAGAAGCGAGAGAAGGAGGGAGAUUCUCGAGCGGUGGGGUCGAUAG